AUGAAAGUUGUAAUGGAUAUUUUGAGUAUCUCAAUCAAAGCCAUGAAAAUUAUCAAAAUCGCUACUCGUACAAAAUACGACGACAUAGCUGAAAUAUUGACAAUACCACAGAAUCAAAUUCAACUUAUGACAGAUGAAGAACUGCAACAAAUAUUCUAA